AUGUGUAACCUCCACGACGUAUCGUGGGGUACCAAAGGUGAUAACGGUGCUUCCAAGGACUUGGGACAGGCCAAAAAGGUGGAGAAGGACGGAAAGGAGAUGCUGGAAGUGGCGCUGCCGACAAAGCAAGAGGACGUAGAGGCGCUUUGGCAGCAGGCGAGGCAAGAGCUGAGGGUGCCUGUCAAGGAGAAGGAGGAGAAGAGGAGCGCAGAGACCAAACAGGCGGACGACGACCGCAAUUUCCGUACCAACGUUGUUCUCUUGUUCAUCGGCUGCAACUUGCUCGUCAUCUUGCUAUUCACCUCGUCGACCUUUACAGACUGGGUAAACUCUCACUUUGUCGAAGCCACCGACACGACAUUCAACCCUUACUUGACCGUCAUCUUCUACGCUGUUUUGGGACUGUCAGCCCUACGAUUUGUUGGCUGUGUUUUAUACCUCAUUUUCCGUAUCUGUGGGUUCUAG